CCGUACUAUUCACUUCAUGAUUAUGCCUUUCAUUAAACUCUGACCCAAACCCCCAAAAAAAAAAAAAAUCGGUUCGAAUCUAAGCAUCGAACCGGUUGUUGUCCAAAUUUCUUACAGUACAUGUUGUACAAAAAAUUCCGUGCGUUAAAAUCAUAGGGUUUUGGAUCUCGAAGAUCACAAAUUCACAGAGGUUUAACUUUCUUCUUUACUUUUACAUGCAUUAGAUGGAUGAAACCACUGGAGAAAUCCUCUUUGAGACACGUCAUCAUGCUUCUGGGCCUUAUAUUUCCAAUUAUCCUCCACAACAUCAACAGCUGAAUGAAGGAGCCAAAAGCAGUUAUCUUUCAAGAUUGCUUUCUUCAUCAGGUAUUGCCCAACUCAAGGAGAGAUGGAGAAAGCAGGGGAAUCCAACAAAAGUAAGGAGAUAUGCAUCCUUAUUUGUUUCCUCAAGGGGUGAUCUUGUGGCUGUAGCAUCUGGGAAUCAGAUAACAAUCCUGCAGAAGGAUGAUGACUACCAAAAGCCUUGUGGCACAUAUGGCAAAAGCAUUACUUCAUUCCGUUGUGGGGCUUGGUCUGAAACUCAUGAUGUUCUUGGUGUUGCUGACGAUAGUGACACUAUCUAUCUCAUCAGAGCUAAUGGUGAGGAAAUUACCAGAAUUUCCAAGAGUCAUAUAAAAAGUUCUUCACCAAUAGUUGGCCUGAUGGUGCAGGAUGAUGCUGAUUUGAAGAAAUCUUGCUUGUGUACCUUCACUAUAAUUACAGCGGAUGGGUUGAUUCAUGACUUUGAGAUCAGUCAAGAUCCAAGUGCAUCUGUUUUUUCACCCCUUGCCUCGAGCAGCGGGACAAUGCUGAAGCAGUUUCCACAGAAUAUGUUCUGCUUGGAUUACCAGCCGGAACGGAGCUUAUUUUCCAUAGUUAGCAGUGCUGGUAGCUUGCAGCCAACGACUAAUGGAUUGUACAGUCUUUCGCUUUGCCGAAAAAGUGGAAACUUAGCCGUGGAAGUUCUCAUUUCUACUCAGUUUGAGGGUUUCUUUUCUAUGCCUAAAGAUUAUGCGGGUCAUAUAACUUCUCCUAAGGUGUCAAUAUCACCACAGGGAAGAUUUGUUGCUACUCUGGAUAUGGGAGGAUCUUUGACUACCUUUAAGUUUGAUGAGGAACAGCGUUCUCUCUCAAAAUGUUCUUAUGGAGAGGAAAAUGAAUUACAUCAGGGAAAUAAAGAGUCAGAUCAGGGGAACAUUCUUGUGAAUGGGGUCUUAGAUUUUGCCUGGUGGUCUGAUGAUAUACUUGCUAUUGCAGGAAGGAAUGGAAACAUCACUAUGAUUAACAUAUGCACUGGUGCUAUGCUACGUAAGGACGAGACUAUGUAUUCGUAUCCCCUUUUAGAGAGAGUGCCACACUUGGCGGGAAAACUUUUUCUACUAGAGACAAAACCAUCCAUUCAGAACAAUGAAUCAGCUGAAGAAAUUAGAGCAAGCAGCUCUCAUCUUAUGGAGUGCGGUGAUGGUGCUAUGAAUAAUAAGUUUGACUGGGCCAGUUUCCAAUGGAGCUUAGUUUCAUUUUCUGAACGAUCUGUUCCUGAAAUGUAUGAUAUAUUAAUCUCCAGACAAGAGUAUCAGGCUGCUCUCAUGUUUGCGGAUCAGCAUGGGCUAGAUAAAGACGAAGCUCUAAAGUCACAGUGGUUGCACUCCUCCCAGGGUGUAAAUGAGAUAAAGACACUACUUUCAAAUAUCAAGGACCAAGUUUUCGUACUUUCUGAAUGUGUAGGUCGAUUUGGACCAACUGAAGACGCAGUUAGGGCACUGCUUGAUCUUGGACUUUGCAUAACUGACCGUUAUAGAUUUUCUGAGCCUGAGGUUGAUGAGCAUAGUAAGGUUUGGGAUUGUCUUGUGGCAAGACUUAAGUUGUUGCAAUAUAGAGACCGGAUAGAGACAUUUAUCGGGAUAAACAUGGGCAGGUUUUCUUUACAGGAGUACAAGAAAUUUUGUAAUUUGCCCAUUAAAGAAGCUGCAAUUGCACUUGCAGAAAGUGGCAAGAUUGGGGCAUUAAACCUUCUCUUUAAGCGUCAUCCUUACUCCUUAACUUCCUCAUUGUUGGAUGUCUUAGCUGCUAUCCCUGAGACUCUUCCGGUGCAGACUUAUGGACAGCUCCUUCCUGGGAGUUCCCCUCCUCCAAGUAUUUCUUUGAGGGAAGAAGAUUGGGUUGAGUGUGAUGAGAUGGUAACUUUUAUUAUCAGCAGAGUCCCUGAGAGUCAUGAGAGCUAUACUCAGAUCAGAACUGAACCAAUUGUCAAACAAUUUUUGGGGUCUCAAUGGCCUUCAGUAAGUGAACUCUCGUCUUGGUACAAAAAGAGAGCUAGAGAUAUUGAUACCUUAAGUGGGCAACUCGACAACUCCAUGUGCUUAAUUGACUUUGCUUGCCGCAAAGGCAUUGCUCAAUUGCAGCCAUUCCUGGAAGAGAUUUCUUACUUACACCAGCUUAUCUAUUCUGAGGAGAAUGAAAAAAUGAAUUUCUCCAUGAGUCUUACUAUAUGGGAAAGCUUACCUGAUUAUGAAAGAUUUAAAUUGAUGUUGAUUGGGGUCAGAGAAGAUACUGUUAUUAAAAGAUUACAUACUAAAGCAAUUCCAUUCAUGAAAAAGAGGUUUCCCUCUAUGACUGUGCAUUCCAGAGAUGACAAAACAGAUUGCUCAGCUGGGUCAUUUCUGGUAAGAUGGCUGAAGGAGAUUGCCUCUGAAAAUAAAUUGGAGAUGUGUUCAGUUGUAAUUGAAGAGGGUAGCAGAGAGGUCCAGACAAAUAACUUUUUCCAGAAUGAUGCUGAGGUUGUAGAUUGUGCUCUUCAGUGCAUAUACGCUUGCUCUGUUACAGAUCGGUGGAGUACGAUGGCCUCCAUUUUGUCUAAACUUCCAUUUCCACAUGAUUCCAAAGCUGCAAGCCUCAAGGAAAGGGUGAGACUCGCAGAAGGUCAUAUUGAAGCAGGAAGAAUAUUGGCGCUUUACCAGGUCCCAAAGCCUAUCAGCUUUUUCCAGGAGGCAUAUUCAGAUGAAAAGGGUGUAAAGCAGAUAGUUCGUCUCAUCUUAUCCAAAUUUGUUCGCCGACAGCCUGGACGAUCAGAUAAUGAUUGGACAAACAUGUGGCUUGACUUGCAGUCUUUGCAAGAGAAAGCAUUUUGCUUCAUAGAUCUUGAAUAUGUGUUAAUGGAGUUCUGCAGGGGAUUGCUGAAAGCAGGAAAUUUUUCACUUGCGAGGAAUUAUUUGAAAGGUGUGGGUUCAGUGUCUUUGGCAAAUGAUAAAGCAGAAAACCUUGUUAUUCAAGCUGCCAGAGAAUAUUUCUUCUCAGCGUCAAGUCUUUCUAGUUCCGAAAUUUGGAAGGCUAAAGAAUGCUUGAAUAUCUUUCCAGCUAGUAGAAAUGUGAGGGUGGAGGCUGAUAUUAUUGAUGCUGUAACUGUUAAACUUCCCAACCUUGGUGUCACCUUGUUGCCAAUGCAAUUCAAGCAAAUUAAAGAUCCUAUGGAAAUAGUUAAGUUGGUUGUUACAAGUCAAGGUGGAGCUUAUCUGAAUGUCGAUGAGAUUAUUGAACUAGCCAAACUUCUUGGGUUGAGCUCGCACGACGACAUAUCAGCUGUACAAGAAGCUAUUGCAAGAGAAGCUGCAGUGGUUGGAGAUCUCCAACUGGCUUUUGAUCUAUGUCUUGUUUUGGCCAAAAAGGGGCAUGGUUCAGUCUGGGACUUGUGUGCAGCACUGGCAAGAGGUCCUGCCCUUGAGAACAUGGAUAUUGCUUCCAGAAAACAGCUGUUAGGUUUUGCUUUGAGCCACUGUGAUGGGGAAUCAAUUGCCGAGUUAAUACAUGCAUGGAAGGAUCUAGAUACGCAAGAUCAAUGUGAAUCUUUAAUGGCGUUGACUGGAACAGAGCCUGAAGAUAAAACAGACUUGAAGGAAUGUUCUGACCAGGAAGCACAACUUAAACAGAUUGAAAAUGUACUUUUUCAGGUAGCCAAAGAUGUCCAGGUGGAUGGUGACUGGACCAUUCCGUCCAUCUUGAGAGAAAAUGGAAAACUUUUGUCAUUUGCUGCUGUGUAUCUUCCAUGGUUGCUUGAACUGAGUCAAGAAGCAGAAAGCAAUAAGAAAUUUACAUCGAGCUCAUUUUCAGGGAAUCAAUAUGUCAGUCUAAGAACACAGGCAGUGAUGAUUAUUUUGUCCUGGUUGGCAAGGAAUGGUUUUGCCCCGAAGGACAGUUUGAUUGCCUCUGUUGCUAAGUCCAUUAUGGAGUCGCCUGUCUCUGAGGAGGAAGACAUCACAGGGUGCUCUUUUUUGUUAAAUCUUGCCGAUGCCUUUUCGGGGGUGGAGAUAAUUGAAAGAAACUUGAGAACAAGAGAGAAUUACAAUGAAAUAACCAGCAUUAUGAAUGUUGGGAUGAUUUACAGUUUGUUACACAAUUGUGGAAUCAAGUGUGAGGACCCUGCACAAAGGAGGGACCUGCUUCUUACGAAGUUCCAGCAGAAACAUAAACUGAUUUGCUCAGAUGAAAAAGAACAAAUAGACCAAGCACAAUCUACGUUCUGGAGAGAAUGGAAACUGAAGCUAGAAGAGCAAAAGUGCAUUGCAGAGCGUUCAAGGCGUUUAGAACAAAUAAUCCCUGGUGUUGAAACUGCUCGCUUCUUAUCUGGGGACAUGGACUACAGAGAGAGCGUUGUUUUUUCAUUUGUCGAGUCCACGACCCCAGAGAAGGAACACAGUGUGAAGGAUGUAUUGAAGUUGGCCAAUACUUAUAGCUUAGAUUGCAACAAGGUGAUGCUGCAUUACCUGAGGUCCAUCUUUGUUUCUGAUGCUUGGAGCACUGAUGAUGUUAAAAAUGAAGUGUCAAUUUACAGAGAAGAUCUAAUAGCUCGUGCUGCAGAAACAAUAAAAUUUAUUUCCUCGUCGAUCUACCCAGCAAUUGGUGGACAUGAUAAGCAGAGGCUUUCUCUAGUAUAUGGCCUACUCUCUGACUGCUACUUGCAUCUUGAUGAACAAGAGGAUCCAAUGCAUCCUCAUUCUGUUCAUAUUUCUCGGUUCUCCAAGAUUGCUGAAGAAGAAUGUUGCAGGGUAUCUUUUAUCGAGGAUCUGAACUUCAAAAAUGUUGCUGGAAUUCAAGAUUUGAACUUGGAAUGCUUCAACAGUGAAGUUUCUGCUCACAUCAAUGAAAAUAAUGUUGAAGCAUUGGCAAAGAUGGUCAAGAACCUUGUUUCUGCUCAUGAUGGUCCAGUGCCUGAUGGUCUCUUGUCUUGGCAGUAUGUAUAUAAACAUUAUGUUUUAAGUUUGUUGACAAAGUUGGAAGCUAGAGCUAAACUGGGGGUCGAUAUUCAAAGCUCUGAAAGUCUUCAUUGCUUAAUCAGUGAGAUCGAGCAGACUUACAAUACCUGCUGCAAAUUCUUAAAAUUUGUCCCGAAUCCUGCUCGUCUGGACAUUUUGAAACGAUUCUUGGCCAUCAUACUACCUGCUGAAGGAUCUUUCAAGUCUCUGCCCUGUGGCUCAGGUUGGCAGGAGUGCUUUGCCAUGCUUGUGGAUACUUGGCUCAGAAUGAUGAAUGACAUGCAUGAAGUUGCACUCCUUGAGAAUUCGGAAGAAAGAUUCUGCUUAGAAUGUAUAAUGACGUGUCUUAAAGUUUUUGCACGUCUAGUUGCUGGGGAAAAAGUUUCAUCUAGUCAGGGGUGGGCUACAGUUAUUGGCUAUGUAGGUUACGUUUUUGUUGGUGAUAUUGCUGCUGAAAUCUUCAAUUUCUGCAGAGCGAUGGUUUGCUCAGGUUGUGGAUUUGGAGCCGUUGCAGAUGUAUAUGAUGAAGUCAUGGUUCACUUCCUGCAUGAAGCUGGAUCACUGACAGACUUUAAAAAAGAAGCUGUCAGCAUCGAGAAUCUUCGAGAUCUCUAUCUUAGUAUCUUGAAGACCAUUUUGCAGGAGUUGGCUGACAAUUCCUGUGAGCAUCAGUGUCUACACUAUUACUUGUCAUCUUUGAGUAAAUUAGAUGGUGAUUUGGAAAAUCUGCAGUGCGUCAGGCAGGCAGUUUGGGAGAGAUUGGAAGAGUUUUCAGAGAACUUUCAGCUCUCCAACCAUGUUCGAGUUUACAUACUGGAGCUUAUGCAACUUGUUGCAGCUACUGAUAAUAACAGCAAACGAUUUUCUUCUAAGCUACAGGUGGAAGUUCAUUCUUGGGAAGGUUGGGAGAAUUUGCAUAGUGCAACUGCAAACUGCGAGAAUGCUGCCGCUGAUGGGAUUUCAAACAAGACAGAUGCAUCUAAUAAGUUCACAAAUACUCUGAUUGCUCUAAAAUCUACACAGCUGGUCUCCACUAUCUCCCCCAGCAUACAGAUUACACCAGAAGAUCUUUCGACUGUGGAAUCUACUAUCUCUUGCUUCCUUGGAGUAUCUAAAUUUGCUGAAUCUGAAUCCCAUGUUGAAACAUUAUUAGCUAUGCUCCGAGAAUGGGAGGGGUACUUUACUAGAAGAGAAAUUGAAAAGGAUUCUGGUGAGGUAUCUGAUGGUGCAAAUAGUUGGGGUAAUGAUGAUUGGGAUGAUGGAUGGGAAAGCUUCCAAGAACCUAUUGAAGAAGAACCAAAGAAAGAUGCGAAACUUUCAGUUCAUCCUCUUCAUGUCUGUUGGAUGGAGAUCUUCAGGAAACUGCUAACAAUAUCCCAGUACAACAAAAUGUUGAAAUUGUUGGACAAAUCAGUGGCAAAGCCAGGCGAAGUAUUACUAGAUGAAGAGAAUGCUCAAUGUUUGAGCCAGAUUGCACUUGAAAUAGAUUGCUUUGUAGCCCUUAAGUUGAUGCUCUUGUUGCCAUACGAAGUAGUCCAGUUACAGUGCUUGGAUUCUGUCGAGCAGAAGCUGAAACAAGAAGGCAUAUCUGACAAAAUCGGCGUGGAUCUUGAGUUUUUACUUCUCGUUUUAUCUUCUGGAGUUAUAUCAACUAUCAUCACCAAACCUUCAUAUGGUACCACAUUCUCUUAUCUUUGCUAUAUGGUGGGGAAUUUCUCUCGACAGUGCCAAGAAUCCCAGUUAUCAAGUUCCGGUUGUGGUGGAUCUGUAGAAAAUGAGAAUAUUUCAAAAGAUCACAUUGAUCUUUUCACAAGACUGAUCUUUCCUUGUUUUGUGUCGGAGCUUGUGAGGUCAGGGCAGCAGAUUUUAGCAGGAUUUCUUGUAACGAAGCUCAUGCACACAAACCCUUCUCUUUGCUUAAUUAACAUAGCAGGUGCUUGUCUCACAAAGUAUUUGGAGAGGCAAAUCCAAAUACUACAGGAUAGCAACCCCUCCUUUAGGGAUGGGGAAUUGUCUGAACCAUUGUUAAAUACGGUAUCCAGUUUGACGGACAGGAUGGAAAACCUGAUCCAAUCCUCUCUAUCUUCGCUUUCACAUGAUCAUAGAUGAUUUUUACAUUUGAGUUUUCCCCUUUAUUUUUGUUCAUAGUCCAGUCAUUGUUCUUUGAGAUCUUUGUACCAACUUUUGUAGCCAGAACAUUUUAGCAAUUUCGCUGGAGCUUAAAUGGUGAUAUAUACAACGAGGAUUGAUAUUUGUAUACCAGAACUCGAGCAACUUAAACAAUUGUACUUGCAUCUCUUUGUACAAAAAUAUUUGGAUCAUGGAUGUAGUUGCAAAAUAAGUGUUU